UUCAUUCACGACCAAAAUUUUGUAAACAUAACUAAAUUUUCUAAUAUACUUGUGUUAUUGACGUUGAACAACCUAGAUGUAUAUUAUCGUAUUUUAAUUAAAUAUCAAAAAGCAUGUCGAAACGUAGUGAAGAAUAUCUAACUGCAGAAGAACUGCGCAAUAGGCUUUAUCACAGUCUUCGUGACAAAGGUCUUGUUAAUUCUAUGAAGAGCCAGCUUCGAACCAGUCUAGUAGGUGAACUGAAGAGAUCAGUGAACGGGAAGUUGUCUGUGGAAGACCUUGAAGUUCCAGAGUCUGGCUCACUGGUUCACAGGGCAUCCAAUUCUCUUGUGGCUGACCAUCUGCGCUCCUGCAAAUAUGACUACACAUACAGCGUCUUUUUGCCAGAAUGUGCUCUUGACAAAACAAAGAUGCUGUCAAAUGAAGAUGUACUUCAGCUACUUAAAAUCAGUCCACAAUCAAGAUUGUUUAAAAAGAUGACUGACAAGGGUGGGCAUUCGAGGAAGGGUUUUCUAUGGCAGUUGCUCAGCGAGCUAUGUUCCAUGCACAGUCAAGCCAGCCAGACCACUUCCACACAGACUGAUUUCAUCAAGGUUGCAACAGUCUCCACACUCGAUGAGAAGAUGAGUGUUUUGGAUGAGCUGUUCAGUUCACGUCGAGAGGAGCAGUACCGCACGGGGGCCACGGCACUUGAGGACCGCCUGCUCAGUUUCCAGAGACAGCUAGAGGAGAGAUUCCGUAAUGAACUCAAACUUGAGGUGUCCCGAGUGAAGGAUGAUGAGGUUGCCAGAAUACGGAUGGAAGAAAAGGAACAUUUCCGUAGAGAGCUCGACAAAGCCAGGAAGGAUCUUGAGAGGACAUACCAGGCAAAGUUUGAUGCUCUCGUUGUGAGAGAGAGGAAUGCCACAGAAAGAUUGCAAAGAGAACAAGAGAUGCUGGAGAAAGAGGUGUACAACCAGCGGCAGUCAAUCCUUGAGGAGAUUGAGGCUGUCCGCCAGCGUGAGGUCUCCAUCAACCGUGAACAGGACGUCAACAGCAGAGAGAAAAAUUUGCAAGGGGAAAGGUUAAAGGCAAAGGAGAAUGAGAUGAGACAGAGGGAACACGAAAUUGCAAGGAAAGAGAAUGAAUUCCAUCAACGACUAGAGAAUGAAAUGACCAAGUUCAAGGUAGAGUACCAGGCCAAGUUUCUGGAGAGGACUCAGAACAUCGAGGUCAGGGAAGCAACACUCAGGGAGGGUGAGAGACGUGUGGCAGAGGACCAAGGGAAGAUUGACAGUCUGAAAGAGGAAGUCCGCGACAAAUCAGCCCGUGUCAAUGAGCUUGAGACCCUGUUGCAAGAAAUCCGUCACAAGGAAGUGGAUGCAAGCAAGCACAAUGAGUUCCUUAAUGCAAAACUAAGGGAUAUGUGUGAUUAUGCAACAAUAAAAGACCAAAACAUAACAUACAGAAAUGAAAUUGAAAACCUGAAAACUCGGAUGGCUGAAAUUAUGCAGUUAAAUGAGAGAGAAAGAAUACGUCAGGAGGAACUAUUGCGAGAGUUGAGGCGGCCCACGGUCAUGGCAGAAUACACGGAUAGACGAGAUAGAAGCAGACGAGAGCGUGACCUGUAUGAUGACGAUGAUGACUUUUCCUCCAGACCCAGGAGAUAUGACCAUGCCCCGCCUACAGACCCACUGGUGCGGCAGUUUGAGGUGCAGUCUCUACAGGUGAAAUCCCUGAACCAGGAGCUUGAUGACAUGAAACAGACCCUCUCACUCACACAAAAAGCCUUAAAAAAUGAGGUGUAUAGGAAGCCCCAGGAUGGAGACACAUCAAGGCUGGUGUCAUUUAACCUGUCACACAGAUCAGCUGGGAGGUCAGCAGCAUUUAGUGAUGGUGAGAGUGACCUUGACCUUGCCAGUGGAGGUCACAGGAGAGGUCGGCGGGGUCGAGCCAGCCCAAGGGUGCAGGACGUUUACAAUGAUGUAGAUUUGGAUGAUCUGAGUGCUCCAAAAGUCUCAACAGACUUCACGACUGAUGGUGAUGAAUCUUCUAACCAGUCCGCUGACAUUGUGGCUGAAACCAAGUACAGGCUGAAGAGUCUGGAGAAAGAGGCUCAGAACCUUGAGCGUGCGUACACUGAGCUACAUUACAACCUGACAAACCCCUCCUCUGUACCUGACCCGACCAGACCGCUCCUCCGCCGCUCACUCACAGACAAGACAAAACAAGGAGGGAGUACCGGUCACCAUAUGGCGUCCCCCAGUGCCAGUCCCAUACCUACCAACCGGCCCCUCUCCUCCACACCGUACCAUCAACAACAGACCAACUCAGUAGCCGACGCUGAUGUCAGCACAGACAGUCUGACAGAGCUGAAGGGUUCAUCUUCGCGCAAGAAGGCCUCUGGUGGACAGGACAGCGUGCCAAAGUUCAGCCUCUCUGAUGUGUCUGAUGAUGAAAUGGACACUCAUGGCAGAGAGAGGGUUGAGAGGCCCCGGCCAAUUACUGUGGACGACCUGGAGGCCCGGCCUGGCUCCCCCAGUAUUAUGGUGGUCCAGGCAGACCCCUCCAGUGAUGAUGUUCCAGCCACUGGCAGUGCAAGUAGGCAAGAGACAAAGCAGACCAUCCUGCCAAGAGAGACUGCACCUCCACCAGCCAAAUUACCUCCCCUCUCUCUCGGCACUGCCUGGAAGCCACCUGCUCUAGACAGUGCAUGGAAAACAGAGAACACAAAAGCAGGAGAGGACAAUAAUGAGGCAGAGAGUUGGGAGGCGGAGCAGAGACGAAAGGAGGCUGAGCGGAAGGCACGAGAGCAGGAGGCCUUCGACAGGCAACAGAGGGAGCUCCAACAACUGCAGAGUAAACAGGAUAAGCCUGCCUCCCCCGAGCCAACACAACAGGAGAAAUCAGAGAAGUCUGACAGCAUCGACCCAGUGAUGAAACAGUACAUGGAGAUGAUCCAGCAGAAACGGACCACCGAACAGCCACCCCAGCCAGCUAGGCAGGAGAGUGAGAGAACAGCGUCCCAAGUUGAAGAGGACCUGUCGCUUACAGAGGACUUAAAAAGUGAGGAUGCUGAAUCUGAGGAUGAUUUCAACUGGUAGAAUUUAACAUGGAAGAAUACGGUAACAACAUCAGCUGGCUUUGCGGCAAAUAACUGCGACAUGUGGAUUAACACAGAAACUGGAUUAACGUCCUUGAUUGCCUAUGAGUUUAUAUAACAUGUACAUGUGAGUUUUGAGGGCUAUAAAGAUGGACAUGUAUAAAUGGUAACACAGCCAGCCAGAUAAACAUCAAGCAAUGAUUUGCCUAGUAGAUUUAUAGAUGUUAGGUGUUACAUUUAUAUUUAUUCAUAAUCAUGACUUUAAAGCGGUCUGUGAUUUGUUUAGUUCCUUGUAUUAUUUACUAGUAUUUUACCUUAAAUUAUGUUUUAUCGGAUAUUAAAUGAAAUAACG